AUGUUCUCCGCCGUAAGGCGUCGAGGUGACAACGGUGUGUCAGCUCUGGGAGUUGCGACACACUGCUCCACCGUAAGGCGUAGCGGUGACGACAAUACAUCGACUCCGGGAGUCGAUGCGACAGACUGUGUGGACGGCUGCAAACAUCCAGUACCAAAGCUUGCCCGGGCUGGACGAAGCACGGCAGCAAGAACCCGCUGGCGUCGCCCGCAGACUAGAUUGUCUGCCGGCGAUAUCAAGGAACGUUCGUCCAUGGCCAUGCCUGGACGAAACGCAAGUGAAUCAGGGAUUCACAAAAAGAAGCGACGGCGCAAGCAAAAGACGCUGCGCAAGUUUCGGUCCGGGACCGAGACUCUUCAUGGUAUGUCUGCCGGGCAGACACAAGUGCCAACAGUGGCCGUCGAGACGUUGAACGUCUUGACGCGGGCCUGUACUGGGUAUCAGUACGAGAAGAUGGAGUUGGAGAACCCUCCGACUGAUACGUCGGGGUUGAUCUCGCUUCCAGUCAUGAGCUGA